ACCGAUUCGAAAAGCAGGCAGUCACAUAUUCGUAAGUUACAAGAAUUUUAGUCUACUUAUUUUGUGUUCAUUUAAAGUUAGAGACAAUAACUAAGAACUAAGUAAAAAGGUUUUUUCAUCAGAAAUGACAGCGAUAGAAUCAAAAGACGAAUUACUGAAACCCCUCGUCGGACAAGCUCCUAGAAAAUAUGAAAUAUUAUACCUCGAACUACUAAUGAUAAUGUACAUUCAUAUAGCAGCACUGUAUGGGAUCUACUUAGCGUAUUUUAGUGCAACAUGGAAAACAUUGAUCUUCCAUUACAUUAUGAGUCAGCUGGUGACACUGGGUAUAACUGCAGGCAGACAUAGGUUGUGGUCGCACAAUAGUUAUAAGGCAAAAAUGCCUCUACAAAUCAUACUGGUAGUAUUGAGCUCAAUGACGUAUCAGUACUCAGUGAUACAUUGGGUGCGUGACCAUCGAUUGCAUCAUAGAUAUUGCGAUACCGACGCUGAUCCUCACAACGCAAGUCGUGGCUUCUUCUUCUCCCACAUUGGUUGGCUGAUUGUCAAACGGCACCCUGAGGCGAUGCGAAGAGGAAAAGCCAUUGACAUAUCCGAUGCACUCGCCAACCCUGUGUUGAGGUUUGAGAACAAGUACGCUCUGCCAAUUGCAGUAACGUUUUCCCUCGUCCUACCGACGCUUGUGCCCAUGUAUUUCUUCGGAGAGAACCUCAGCACUGCAUGGCACAUCAACAUGACUCGAUUAAUGUGCAACCUGCAUUUAACGUUUUCAAUAAACAGCUUUGUCCAUUUGUCGGGUGCCAGAUCUUACGACAAACAGUUUUCGGGUGCUCAGAGCACUUUUUGGUCCAUUUUGACGUUGGGUGAAUCUUUCCAUAACUACCAUCACACGUUUCCAUGGGAUUAUAGGACGGCGGAGUUGGGUAAUAAUUGGUUGAACCCUUGCACUAAGUUUAUAGACUUUUUUGCUUGGCUGGGAUGGGCUUACGAUUUGAAAACGGUGUCGGUUGAUAUGGCACAGUCUAGGGCGAGGAAGACUGGUGAUGGGACUGAUAAAUGGGGAUUCAAAACUAAAUAAAUAUUGUUGAUAUAU